ACGCAGGAAUAGUAGCUCAACCAAUGAUGUUGGUAGGAGUGGUGAAGAUAGACCUGUCUGUGGAAGAUUCCGCCAGUGGCGGCAUAGUGGCUAGUCGCCUGUAUGGGCCGGGCUGCAGCGGUAGCGAGCCAUUUUUUGUGCCGAGGGAGCCGGAAAAUCCAUCUGCAGAAGAAGACGAUGGUUAUUUAGUGGCAUAUAUACACGAUGAGAAUAAUCAAGAAUCCAUGUUUUUAGUAAUGGACGCUAAAUCGCCCACUCUCGAAACUGUUGCUGCUGUAAAGUUACCUGGCAGAGUGCCCACAGGCUUCCAUGGCCUCUUUAUAAAGGAAAGUGAUCUCAACAAACUAUGAGAUUCUUUAGAGGAUUUUUCGAUGGAGAUCAUUGUCCUCGUGUAUAAGUGGGGCCUAUGCGAACGAGCAAUGUCAUCUCUCAAAUGUUGAAUACUUUUUAUAUAUUUAAAGAAACGAGUUGAAGAUUUUUGUCAA